UCUCUUGACAACCCAAAAAACACCAAUAUCAAAAGAUGUCAAGCAACUCAAGCCCACUAGAGAUAGACACUUCAUUUUCACAUUCCAAUUUGUUGUUUUUCCAAGAUGAAUCACCAUGGAGUAGUAAUGAUCUUUUCUUGAAUGAUCCAUUUGUUGAUAUUGAUGAAUAUCCACCACCAUGUAAUCAUCAAGAUAUAGUUGUAGAAUCCUCAAACACUACUACAACAACAUCAAAAGCAAGUAGCCACAAUAAUAGUCAUCAUGAUCAAGAAGAGGUAACAUCACAAGAGAAAAAACAAGAAGAUGAUCAACAAAAACAUUAUAUUGGAGUUAGAAAAAGGCCAUGGGGUAAAUAUGCAUCAGAAAUUAGGGAUUCAACACGUAAUGGAAUUAGGGUUUGGCUAGGAACAUUUGAUACUGCUGAAGAAGCUGCUUUAGCUUAUGAUCAAGCCGCAUUAUCAAUGAGGGGUCCUUGGUCUCUUCUCAAUUUUCCAAUUGAAGAUGUCAAAAAAUCACUUGAAAAAAUUGAGUAUUCUUGUAAAGAUGGAUUAUCUCCAGCUGCUGUUUUAAAAGCUACUCAUAAAACUAGAAGAGUCAAGCACAAGAGAAGUAGAAAGAAGAACAAUAAAAAUUUAGAAAAUGUUUUUGUUUUUGAAGACUUGGGAGUUGAAUUAUUAGAAGAGCUUUUAAUGACUUCAUCAUAGAAAUUAUUAUAUUCUUCGUGUUCAAAAUACUGAGUUCAGUUUUCGUGGGAGAUAAUAAUCAGGAUCGCGAUGUGCGAGUUUGUAAAAAUUCCCCUCUCUCUCUUUUUUUUUUUUUUU